AUGACGACAACGACGACAUUAGAUGCAUCUAAUCCAACUACUACUACUACUACUAGUCCUAGUGGUGGUAGUCCUAGUGGUAUUCAAAGUGGUACUACUAGUCCAAUGAUUCAUCGAAGUGGAAGUAGUAAUAGUAAUAGUAGUAAUAAUAACUCCUCUAAUACUACUACUACUACUACAACUAGUGGUGGUGGUUUCAAUUCUCCUCCACAAACAUCCUUACAACACAACCAUCGAUAUGAAAUGAUCGAUUCCAUCAUUUUGAAAAUUCUCUUCCCAAUGAUUCGAGAAAAUUUAAAGACCCAUUCGAGUGCUACUACGAGUGGUGGUAUUCAAAGUGGUGGUGUAGAGACCCAUAUGAACACCACCACCACCACCACCACCACUCAUGCUUCUCAACAAUCUUACAAACAUUAUUUAACUCUUUUAACUCAAAUUUCAAGAUUAUUCGAAAUGAUGUUACUCCAUGUGUUGAGUGUUGAAAAAGAAGAAAAAGGAAUUGAUAUUCCAACACCACUUAUCAUUCUCUUUGAACAAUUAUGUCAAUUUGGACCUACUCUCUAUCAUUUGGACAUGUCAUUGGCCAAUGAAAGUAAGAAGUAUUUGAAAGAAAUGUCAAAUGUCAAUUCAGAUUUAUUAUCAAAAUCAAAAAUAUCAUUUGAUCAAUUAUAUACCAAUAACUUGGAAUUGAGAAAGAAGAUUUAUUCAAUCUAUUAUGUGAUUAUUUAUUGGUGUUCAACUGUAAAGAAUUUUGAAUUGUUCAAUCAAACAAUGAAAAUAGAUUCAAACACCAGAGAGAAUAUCAUUUCAAUAAUAUUGACAAUGAUUAAUUGUACAUUGAAUGGAGGAGAAUUUGGAGACAAAUCGUGUGCUGUUGUUAAUCCAUUGGUUUCAGAAAUUGAAAUGUUUCGACCUUUCCAUAAAAAGCGAGUGAAGGAUAUAUUUGGAUUCUUACAAUAUUUACAAAAGUUGGAACAAUUUAAUAAUUUGAAUACUGUCAUUGUAGUCGAUUGCAACUUGUUGAUUGAGAGUUUAUGUUUGGCAUCCUUCUCGAGUAUUCUUGAAACCGAAACUAGAAUUACCAUAUUUAGAAAUAUGAUCGAAUACUCAACGACUCACAUGGAACGUCAACAGUCACCACCAAAAAACCUCUCAAAUCCUCUGAAUUUACAAAAAUUCAUUGAAAUACUAUUCCUCAUCUUUUCCUCUCCUCCUUCUUUGAAACAAAACAAUUCGUCAAAGAAUUCUUUAUUGACAGAGUGGAGUGAAUUUGUGUGUAAGAGACUCUUUUCCAAGAUUAAGAAUUCCAUUCCAAACUUGGAAGAAUUCUUUACAAAACUCUUUGAAAAUUGUGUGAAUUUAGAUUUGGUGAACAUGUACUUUAUUACUCCUCUCGAUAGUAGUAGUAAUAGUAGUAAUAGUAAUAGUAAUAGUAGUAAUAGUAGUAGUCAGAGUGGUGGUCAGAGUGGUAGUGCCAUUUCCAAGAAGGAUUCUUCAACAUUUGAUCUUCAACAACAACAACUCGUGGUGAUUAAAAUGUUCAAUCAAUUGGAAUUGAAAAGGAAAAAUCAAAAACUUUCACAAGUGGAUUCACCACAAAAGAAAGCUAAAAAGAAUGUUUUAGUAGAUCGUUAUGAAAUUUUGAAAAAGAUUGGAAAGGGUGGAUUUGGAAGUGUGUUCAAAGUUUGUGAUUUGAAUAGUGAAGAUAAAAAGAUUCUUGCCAUGAAAAUUCUUCCAAAAGAAGAAGGUAACAAUGCAGAAUUCAUUCAAAUGUCCAAACUCAAUCACAAACACAUUCUACCUGUUUAUGAAAUCUUUGAAACUAAAUUAGGAAAUUAUGACAAGUGGUGUUUCACAAUGCCUUUCCUUGAAUUGGGUGAUUUCCAAUCCUACUUGUUGAAUUUGAAAUCUCAUUUACCAAUUAAUAGAAUUCUCAAUUUCAUGGAUCAAAUGUUAUCAUGUAUUGAAUAUAUUCAUGGAAGAGAUGUUUAUCACAGAGACAUCAAACCAGAGAAUUUCCUUUUAAGGAAUGAAGAUGAAGUGGUAUUGAGUGAUUUUGGUCUCUCCAAAGGUGAUGUUGAAACACUAGUCACUAAAACGAGUAUUGUUGGUACAGAAUUAUUUCAAUCACCAGAAUUAUUUGCAGGUGAUGUCAAAGAUGUCUCUAAAACAGAUAUUUAUGGAUUGGGAUGUGUUUUUUAUAUCAUGAUUACACGAGAUUUCCAAACGACUGUUCGUAUUUCAAUCAUGAGUAAUGGAGGUAAAGAAAUUAGAGAGAAAUUAACACUAACUUUGUGUGGCAAUGUUGGUAAUAGUGGUAAUGUUGGUAAUAGUGGCAAUGUUGGCAAUAACAGUGGUGGUAAUCAUGACAAGAACUCGAAUCCUGUGACAAGUGGUACAAGUGGUGGUGAUACAAGUGUCUCACACCAUGGUGACACCUCCUCUUCCUCCUCUUCCUAUAAUAUUCAAGCUCUUAUUGAUUUUGUCAUGAUCAUGUUGGAUAAGGAUUAUGAGAAAAGACCAUCAGCAAGUGUAGCAAGACAUGUUUGGUUAGAACAAAAGAUUGGUUACAAGUCGUCUUCACUUGAAUCAAUAUAG